AUGGCGCAACCCCCUAGCAUCAAUGAGGUUAAUAAUACCUUGUUGACCCUCGUUUCAAAGAUUGAUAACCCAGAAUUUGUGUCUCAGUUCAGACCAAUAGCAUUGUGUAAUGUUUCCUACAAAGUCAUUACCAAGAUAAUAGCCAACAGAAUCAAAGCUAUCCUUCAAGACAGAAUUUCUCCCAAUCAAUCCAGUUUCAUCCCAGGAAGAAGAAUCCAAGAUAACAUCAUUGUGGUCCAGGAGAUAGUACAUUCUUUGAGGAGAAGCAAGUCGAGGAAGGGGUUUAUAGCUGUUAAAAUAGACCUUGAGAAAGCAUACGAUAGGCUGAGUUGGGGAUUUAUUGAGCAGUGUCUCAGAGACUUCACUUUACCGGCCUCCCUUGUUAAUGUAAUCAUGCAUUGCAUAAAAUCUCCCACCUUUCAAGUGCUCUGGAACGGGGAACUAACAGACAAAUUCUCCCCCACCUGCAGUAUCCAGCAAGAAAAAACUCAGAUUUACUUUUCGAAAGGAGUUCAAUGUGAUUAUCGAAGAGCAAUAACUGAUAUGGCAGGAUUCCAGGAAACUAAAGUGAUUGGGAGGUAUUUUGGAGCUUACAUACUGGAGGAAAGAGGAAACAUAAGGAAGUACAGACACAUCCUGGACAAGGUUAAGUGCAAAUUGAAAGGGCAGAAGCAAAAAAGUUUAUCGAUGGCUGGUAGAACCGUACUAUCCCAAUCAGCCAUUGGCCCUUUGGCAAAUUUUGCAAUGACACAUAGUCGGGUUCCCAAAUAUAUCUGCAAGAGUAUCGAAAAAACUCAAAGACAAUUCAUUUGGGGUUCUAAUGAAAAUGAAUGGAAGAUACAUAUGGUUAGCUGGGAGACCAUGUGCAAACUGAAAGAGGCUGGUGGACUUGCUUUGAAGAACCUGGAAAGAAUGAACACGGCUUUCAUUGCCAAAUUAUGUUGGGAGAUGGUUAAUAACUCAGAGUCGCUAUGGGUUAGAGUCUUGUGUAACAAAUACAGAGUUGACAUCCAUGCAAGGAGUUGGGCUGUUGGUUUGGGUAGCUCUUCUCUAUGGAAAGCAAUGUCACAGGUCUGGAAUUUUAUUGAAGGAGGUACUAUGCAUAGAGAUGGCAAUGGAGAAAGCACUAUGUUCUGGAAAGACUUUUGGUUGAAUAUCGAUGGCAACCAACAUCACUGUCUCGCGGGAAGAGAUCAUGGUGAAAAAUAUGGUUUCCUCAGAUGGGUGAUGGAACCUAAAGGAGUUACGAAAGGUUCUCCCGAAUGA